AUGUCUGCAACAGGAUCAUUCUCUGCGCCUCCGCAGGUCCACACCUUUGACGGUCUUCUCUCUGACUUUGAUGGGACGAUCAUUGACUCUACAGAUGCAAUCGUGAAGCACUGGCACAAAAUUGGUGCCGAGCUAGGCGUUGACCCCAAGACCAUUCUCGCCACUUCGCAUGGCCGUCGCAGCAUCGACGUGAUGGGAUUGUACGACCAGACCAAGGCCAACUGGGACUACGUCAACUAUGUCGAAGGUCGCAUCCCGAAGGAAUACGGCUCAGACGCUGUCGAGAUCCCCGGUGGCCGCGACCUGCUUACGGCCCUCGAGAGCUCUGGCGCACGCUGGGGUGUCGUGACAUCCGGCACACUGGCAUUGAUCGACGGCUGGUUGGAAGUCCUUGGGCUCACACACCCCAAGAACCUGGUGACGGCGGCGGAUGUUCCGCUUGGAAAGCCCGACCCUCGCUGCUAUCUUCUUGGACGCAAGCAGAUUGGUCUUGAGGAUUCGACUUCUAUUGUCGUUCUUGAAGAUGCCCCCUCCGGCAUUAAGGCUGGCAAGGACGCUGGUUUCAAGGUGAUUGCGCUCAAGACAACGCAUUCGCUGGAGAAGCUCCAGGAGGCUGGUGCGGAUUGGAUCGUGGAAGAUCUGAGAAGCGUCUCCGUGAAGGGAGUUGUUGAUGGCCGCGUGCAGAUCGAGAUCAGCAAUGCUUACCAAUAG